GCUCAGAAAGAUGCACAAGCGAAGCACCUGCGAAGGGGUGGUAGAACGCGUCAAUCUUCGACCUAUGCAUCAGGUUCUAAAGACGAUAGGGAUGGCUAUAAGCCGCCAAAAAUGAAAUCAAAUUUAAAGCUCAAAGUCAAACAAUUGGGUGAAGCUCCUACAGGUCCAGCUGCAUUCUUGAAUAGUUACGAUAGAGAACUCGAUUCUGAGGAUGAGGAUUUACACAUAGAGGAGCAAUUCAUUCUUAGAAUGCCCGAUAACGAUCCAGACACCGAUCGCUUAAGAGAAAUGGUACAGAAAAGGGACGUACAGGACGACGUUUGGUUUAAAUUUAAGGAUAGCAGGAGAGCACAGUUCCAUAUAGGCGAGAAAUUAAGGUCUGCAAAGUUGGUCGACUUACCAACUAUCAUUGAGUCUCAGAAGACCCUCGAUAAUAAGCAGAUGUUCAAGAUUGCAGAUAUUUGCCAAAUGUUAGUAGUAGGUGAUGAAAUACAACAAGAUGCACCAGAAAGUAAGAUCUUUAACACGAAUGAAUACGUAUGGCCACACGGUAUGACACCUCCUAUGAAGCAUGCACGUAAGAGGAGGUUUAGAAAGCGUGUUAAUCGUCAAACUAUCGAAACUGUUGAAGAGGAAGUCGAAAGACUAUUGACUCAGGACGCGAAGAGUGAAAAAGUGGAAUAUGAGGUCAUGGAUAGAGCAGCAUUCGAAGCUGAAUUAGCACAAGAAGAAUCUGAAGCUGGAACACCUUAUCCAUACCCAGACUACAAUACAUCCGCUACGCCACGUCUUGAUUCUGAUGCUGGCAGCAUGAUAGGCGACAGGGAGGAUGAUGAAGAUGAAGAUGAUGAAGGUGGUGACCUUGAUAUGGACUUGGCUGCUGAAAUCGACAAGGAAAUGGAGAAGGAGGGUAAAGAUGACGACGAUGAUGAUGAAGAUGAUGAAGAUGACAGUAGUAGUGAGGACGAAAUCGAAGAGGAGGAGGAAGAAGAGCAAGAAGGAAAUGUCGAUAACGUUACUAUGGAAUUGGCUAGAAGGGGUAAAUUACUUAAUGAAGAAAUUAGAGAUGUCGAAACUGCGCUCACGAAGAAGAGAGCGGAGACAGCUACGACAGCUAACCCUAUCAUUAAGAGGAGAUUUGAAGACGCGCUUCGUAAGUUGCAAGCAGAUCUCGACGCGAAGAAGCAGCAAUUGGAUGAUAUUCACGAAGAAAGAAGG